UUUUUUUUCGUCUAUCAUGACAAAUGCUAGAAAAAUGAGUACUGGGUAUAAAAGAAGACCUCGUUUAUUAUUUACACAGUUAGCAUUAAGAAACAAAAGAUAUAGGUCUCAAUUUUUUCCCCCCCACGAAAAGAACGACCGGACCUUUUCAAACGUUUCUGGCAUUUUCUUAGCCAGUGACCAAUGACCAAAGGCAGUUUCGAGCUCUGUCUGUCUGUUCUGGUGUCCAAAUGAGUUACACACCAGUUACCAUAAGAGCAAGAAAAAUAAUGCGGGAAUGAAUGCCACAUCGAAACAUUUUGACAUACCAUUACUUUCCAUGUAUGACUACCGGUAUCCUAAUAGAAUGUAUUGAUUCCAAGUGUACUUAAAUUCUCCAGUUACUAACAAAAACUGACCAGUUUUUUUCCGCGUUCUUACAGCAAGUCUUCAAUUCAAAUUAUUACUAUAACCUAGAUAAAAACUAUUUCACAACUAAAAUAAUUUAAUUCUAUACGCCCUCUGAUGCCUUUCGCGCCUUGCGUGCUAAUUUUUGCGCUUUACAGCUCGAUUUCGUAUGUAUUCAGCUCCAUGCUAAAUACGAACCAAAAUCGAAUCGUACAUAUUAUAUUCAUAUGUACAACCCUAUACCUACCCUCAGCUAAAGUUGGACAAGGAAGAAAAGCCAAUAAAAAGACAAUGGAGAAAAUAUGCAGAGUUUGCAUGCGAAAUUCUGGACCAUUCGCAAGUAUUUUGGAUGAGACACAAAAAUCGGAGUGCGCAGGAUACGUGGUUAGGCAAGGCGAUUCACUAACAGAAAAUAUAUGUUCGCCUUGCCUAGAGGCUACAGUGAAUGCAUUCAAUCUUAAGGAAACUUGUGAGCAGAGCCAUGAACGCAGUUUUCCAGUGGUGCAGGAGAAUAAAGAAGACUUUUCCGAUAGUCAGGAAGAUGAGGACUGGGAACCGUCAGAUAGUGAAAGUGACCAGAGUGAAAAACAUUUUCAAACCGAUCAAGAUGGUAGCGAUAACACUGAUAAAAGUGAUAACGCUGAUAAAAUUGAUAGCACUGAUAAUACGGAUCAAAUUGAUAACACUGAUAAAAUUGAUAGACCACAUAAAUGUUCUCACUGCUCGAAGUCAUUUAAAGACGCAUCCUAUCUCAAAGUUCACAUGCGAACUCACACGGGCGAGCGACCGUAUAAGUGUUCUCAUUGCUCGAAGUCUUUCUCUCACUCCGGAACUCUUCGGCUUCACAUCCGUACGCACACGGGAGAACAACCCUACAAAUGCAUAUUCUGCUCAAAGAAAUUUCGACUCAAAUCCAAUCUUCAAACUCACACCCGUAUGCACACAGGGGAUCGACCCUUCAAAUGUUCCCACUGCUCGAAGUCUUUUGCACAAAAAUAUAAUCUUGAUAGACACACCCGUACACACACGGGUGAUCGACCCUUCAAAUGUUCCCAAUGCCCGAUGUCAUUUACACAAAAAUUCGAACUCAAGAUACACAUCCGUAGUCAUACGGGAGAACGACCUUAUAAGUGUUCCCACUGCCCUAAGUCCUUUGCCCGAUCCGAUUGCCUCCGAAUUCAUUUGCGCUUGCACAAGGAUGAACGAACCUACAAAUGUAGUUACUGCUCGGAGUCAUUUCAAGAAAAAUCCGACCUCCAAAGACACAGCCAUACUCACAGCUGGGAACGGCCGUAUAAAUGUUCUUCCUGCUCAAAAACUUUCGUACAUAAGUCUAAACUUGAUAGACACACCCUUUCUCACACAGGUGAACGACCCUACCAAUGCACUCAGUGUUCGAAAUCAUUUCCAGACAAAUCUAACCUAGAGAUACACAACCGCACUCACACGGGCGAGCGACCGUACAAGUGUACCCACUGCUCCAAGUCUUUUCCUCACGCUGGAACUCUCCGCAAUCACAUCCGUACGCACACUGGGGAACGACCCUACAAAUGCCCUGAGUGCUCGAUGUCAUUCACACGGAAUUCCGAACUUAAACAACACAGUCGAACUCACACGGGGGAGCGACCGUACGAGUGUUCUUACUGUCCGAUGUCGUUUAAACAACUCGCCCAUCUUCAAAUACACACCCACACCCACACAGGUGAGCGGCCCUUUAAAUGCUCUCGUUGCCCGAAGUCGUUUCCAGAAAAAUCCACUCUCAAUGUGCACAUCCGGACUCACACAGGGGAACGACCGUACAAGUGUACCCGCUGCUCUAGUUCUUAUGCUCACGCCACUUCUCUUCGAGAUCAUAUACUUUGGCACACGGAUGAACGACCAUUCGAAUGCCCUGAAUGUCCAAUGGCUUUUAUACAAAAAUACAAACUUGAUAGACACAUCCUUACUCACACAGGAGAACGACCCUUCCAGUGCUCUCACUGUUUGAAGUCAUUUAAUCAAAAUUCCCAUCUCAAAAUACACUUCCGAACUCAUAGAGAAUAUUCACCCUAAGUCUACUUUAAAUAACUAAUUUAAAUACAAAACCCAAACCUACCAAAGACAUACACUAACUCUCACAACCAAUGACUUGUGUCCCAUUCCGGUACUAUCUGGUAUCUCACAAUCUCGUAAGCACCCUGAGGAUUGCUUGCAUGCGAAGCUAGGAAAAACAGAUAAGCUCUGAUUGCUCCAGACAAAGGACACCUUUCGGCCCACUAGUUAAGUCUGUGAAUGUGUCCUUUGCCUCAAGCAGGUUAUAGAUCUGCAUGCAAAUAAAUUCCUAUGAAAUCCUUUUUUUUUGUCUUUGACAAAUCAAAAUUAAAAUGAAAUUUAAAAUUGUUCACCAACUUAAAAAGAAAAUAAUUAAUAAUCAUUUGUUUAUUUCUUCAUGGAUUCGCAAAGGGUAUUUAAAUUAAGAAUAUGGGAUAUAUAAAAUUUACUUGGAUAAAUUCAAUUGGAUCUAUUUAUUAAGAUUUUAAAUUAUAAAAUAAAAACUUUAUUAUGACAUUUAAUU